UCUAAUCGCGUCUGGUCUGGGUGGCCGGCGGCGGGCGCCCCGCGAGCCUCAAUGGGUGCGGGCGGCGCCCGAGCUAGUCGCGCCACAAGCCCCGGAGGGGCCACACGUGUCCUCGUUCCCGCCACGCGACUUAUGUAACCAUCUACACGGUCUCCACCUUCAGUCACAAAUCUGACCUGAUAACAAUUAUUUAAGUCAAACAACAAAUCGAACGAAGCGCCUUCAACCGAUACUAUCAAUUACAAGUACAUAGUUAGCAUAAGAUAUAGUUAGUGAACACAAGUGCCAAGCGUGGAUAGCGUAGGUUUAGCUAGUUCAAUUCUCGUGUAGUCGUGAGUGCGUGGUGCGGCGGAGCUCGUACGGGCGUCGAUGCGUCGGUAGUCCAGGGUGUGAAGUUCAGAAUCAAGAUUGAGGUGGUGGCCGGGUGCGGUUGGGGCCGGCGGGCGCGCGUGAGGCCACUGCACGCGCUAGGCCGCGCGGCCGGCAUGUUGGCGUCGCAGCGGUCGCAGUCCUGCAACGAGGAGGGCGCGUUCUUCGGGGCGCGCGCGCUGCGCAGGCCGCGCGGCAAGGGCAGCGGCAGCCCGCCCUGCUAGGGGUACGCCAUGUCGCUGCGCAGCCUGCACCGGCGGCUAUCAUCCGCCAAUAACACAUGCGAGGAUGGUGGAGGCGGCGCUGCGACAGGCACGGGCGGGCGGGCGGCGUCGUUGCGGCUCGCCAACGGGCGGGUGGCGGCGCAGUCGGCGGAGCAGCUGCCGCACUCGCCGGCCGACUGCGCGUCCGUGCGCAUAUCCAUCGACAACACCAACACCUGCUGCACCGACUCGCUCGUCACCGCCCUCGACGACGAGACGCUACUGCUCGGCGACGCCGAUAUGGCCCUAAAGCAGGGCAGCGGCACUGGCAAAGUCCACUUCGGUGGUUUGGACGAUGUGUCCCUGUACGGCACACCAGUGGAGCCCGCCCCACCGGUGUCCGACGCCAAGCAGGGCUUCCUGCGCAACCAGCUCCAGGCACUCUUCCAGCCCACCGACAACAAGCUCGCCAUGAAACUCUUCGGCUCCAAGAAGGCCCUCAUGAAGGAGCGCAUCAGGCAGAAGGCGGCCGGCCAUUGGGUCAUACAUCCUUGCAGUAGUUUCAGAUUCUACUGGGAUCUGUGUAUGCUGCUGCUCCUGGUGGCCAACCUGAUCAUCCUGCCCGUCGCCAUCUCCUUUUUCAACGACGACCUCAGCACGCGCUGGAUAGCCUUCAACUGUCUCUCGGACACAAUUUUCCUUAUAGAUAUCGUUGUUAAUUUUAGGACAGGAAUAAUGCAGCAAGAUAAUGCAGAACAAGUGAUAUUAGAUCCCAAGUUAAUAGCGAAGCACUAUUUGAGGACAUGGUUCUUCCUUGACCUCAUCUCUAGUAUACCACUAGAUUAUAUAUUCUUGAUCUUCAAUCAGGACUUUAGUGAAAGCUUUCAAAUUCUUCACGCGGGUCGUGCACUAAGGAUACUCCGGUUAGCCAAGCUGCUGUCCCUGGUGCGGCUGCUGCGGCUGUCCAGGCUGGUUCGCUAUGUCUCGCAAUGGGAGGAAGUAUAUAUGAGCCCCGCUCCGCAGCCGCGCGGCGCGCCGAGCGACGCCGAGAGCACCGGCUCGCGCGACCUCGUCACGCAGAUCUUGCAGAAUCUUCAAAAAAAGCGCACGGAACGAAGGGGACGUCUCAGCUCCGACGUUACCAAAAAGAAGGGUGGCACCAAAAGCAAUCUGAUCUUCAAGUUCCUCAACAUGGCAUCGGUGUUCAUGCGGAUAUUCAACUUAAUCUGCAUGAUGUUGUUGAUCGGCCACUGGUCCGGAUGCCUUCAAUUCCUGGUUCCUAUGUUGCAAGGGUUUCCGGCGAACUCUUGGGUUGCAAUAAACGAGUUGCAGGAUUCAUUCUGGCUGGAACAGUACUCGUGGGCACUGUUUAAAGCCAUGUCACACAUGCUCUGCAUCGGGUACGGACGGUUCCCGCCGCAGUCACUUACCGACAUGUGGCUCACGAUGCUGUCCAUGAUCUCGGGCGCCACCUGCUACGCUCUCUUCCUCGGCCACGCCACCAAUCUCAUCCAGUCCCUCGACUCUUCCCGCAGACAAUACAGAGAAAAGGUGAAACAAGUAGAAGAAUACAUGGCUUACCGAAAAUUGCCGCGUGAGAUGAGACAGCGCAUCACGGAAUACUUCGAGCACCGGUACCAGGGCAAGUUCUUCGACGAGGAGCUGAUUCUCGGCGAGCUGAGCGAGAAGCUUCGAGAAGACGUGAUCAACUACAACUGCAGAUCAUUGGUAGCCUCUGUGCCGUUCUUCGCAAAUGCAGACUCCAACUUCGUGUCCGACGUCGUCACUAAGCUACGUUACGAAGUCUUCCAACCUGGCGAUAUCAUCAUAAAAGAAGGAACAAUUGGAAACAAGAUGUACUUCAUACAAGAAGGAAUCGUAGAUAUAGUAAUGGCGAACGGCGAAGUAGCAACAAGCCUCUCCGACGGGUCAUACUUCGGGGAGAUCUGUUUGCUGACCAACGCGCGGCGGGUGGCGUCCGUCCGCGCGGAGACAUACUGCAACCUCUUCUCGCUGUCCGUGGACCACUUCAACGCCGUGCUCGACCAGUACCCGCUCAUGCGACGCACUAUGGAGAGUGUAGCCGCCGAACGACUCAACAAGAUCGGCAAGAACCCCAACCUCGUGGCGCACCGAGAAGACGACACCACGUCGGAGGGGAACCAGAUCAACGCGGUGGUGAACGCGCUGGCGGCCGAGGCCGAGCACGUCAGUCUGUCGGACGACAGCGUGGCGCGGCUGUCGGAGCGCUCGCUGGGGCUGGCGCUGCAGCCGCUGCAGGCGGCGUCGUGCCGCAUGGCGGGCGUGGCGCUGCCCGGCCUGGGCGUGGCGGCGGCGUUGCCGCGGCCCAAGUCCGAGCACGACUUCAGCUCCGCGCAGCAGCCGCAGCUCACGUCCGCCUCCGCCGCCUUCCACAAGUCCGACGCCGGCAUCGCGCCCUGACGCCGCACCGUCUGCUAGGGGCCCGCGGGCCGCUGAGCGCCGACCGAUAGCAAUACUAGGCUUAGUGCGAGCCGACACUCGCUAGUUGUAGCGUAGACACGAGUAUUAUAGCUGCGACUUCGCCGGGCGCGCCCGCGAGGUGCCGCCCGCUGAAUCUCAUUUUGUGAUCUUAUACUUAAUUCUCCUGUGUUAUAAUUUAGGUUAAAUUUUAUAUCAUUGACGCUGUGAGGAAUCGGCAAAUACGCGACGUAUUCCGAUUGUAUAGAUAUACCUGUUAUAUAUUGAAGAAUGAUACUAUUGAAUCUUUAUAGAGAUACCUUGCCAUUAAAAGAGAAAAUAAUUAUAUAGACUAGACUGAAAUGUAAAGAUAUCACUAUUUUAUGCUUUGUUGACGUAUGAAAUAGACCUCUAUUGUUGACGGAUGCCGAAUAUACGGUGGAAAGCGAACGUUCCAAGUGUAUAAAACGUUCUUGUUGUUCACGAUUCGGAGAUGAUUGUAGUAUUUGAAGUUGUUUAUAAAUAUAAAUAGCUCAUGAAGCGACCGGAAAGCCGCGGCAGUUUUACGCGGUUUCGGAAGCCUCGGAGCCCCACGCGCGAUUCCAAUAGCACACACUUUGCUUUCUUCAUUUUAAUUAUAAGUAGUCAUAUCUACCGAUAAUCGAUAUAAUUAGCGCAAGACAAUUAAUUCUCUCGGUUUCCUAAUUAGAGGUGAAUCAGUAGCGCUUCGGAUAAUUUCGAAAUCCUUUCUUUAUGUAAAUAUUGUAUUAUCGAGGAUUCGCCUUUAGCGCGGUUUGUUUUUGAGGGAGGACCGGAGGGGUGGGACGGGAGCGCGAGCGGCGGCCCAGUCAAUUAUUCGGUGCGAUCGCGACGCGGCACUUCGGGCCUGAACUUGAGUGCUUAGCCAGGAGGACAAUAAAGACACCUUUUUUAGUAAUCGACAGCAUUCGGCAACCUUCUAUUUGUGCGUCACGCGGUAUGAUCGCCGCUUGCGUAAUACCACCAUAAGAAUUAAUUGACCGUUUCAACAACCAUAAGCCUUUCUGACUAAAAACAGUAGUGAUCUUGGAAGUCACUUUACAGUUCCGCAGUGGAUAUCGCCACUUUUUGUUAUCAUUUUUCAAUAAUACGCAUUGUUAUUGUAGCAUUGACACACUGAUCGAGCACAAGGAAAUAUUUUGUGAUCAACCGCGGUCGUGGUUUUUAUAUAAAUUCAUUAGUACAUAGAUGCAAUAACUAUUUAUUGUAGCGUAUCGCACUAUUUAUUGAAAUCAUGGCAAAGAAAAACUUCGAAGACAUUACUAUUCACUAACAGCGGCUAACCGAACUACUCGUAUAUGGAUUAUAAUAUAAUCUAAGAACUUUAAGAAGCUGUAUUAGCAACAGAUAUUGCUACUGCCUCAAGAACAUCGGCAAAAUUUCUAAAUAUCCAUUUACAGUAGAAUAAUGCAAUUUUAGGGCAACUUUCAUCGUGAGUACUUUUUAUGCCCCCGAGCAUUACGUCCAGAAAAAAACCUAGUGGAAAUCUCCAAGUACCUACCUCAAUUGCAAGUUCUUUCAAGAGCAGGCCCGUAGUCGCUCUCAAGCUCGACGCACCGCGGCCGUCGCCGUCGCAAUGCCUUCGCACUUCACAACUUGUUUUUACUUAUAGGGUAAAUAAUUUAUUAUCGAUAGAGAUCAUUUCGUAGAAGUAAGUAGGCCGGAGCGAUAAAAAAUUGAUUGAACUACGUUUUGUGAUAUUCGUAGAGCAGCGAAGGCUGCUGCGCCUCCCAGCCGCCGGCUCCGUGGACCCAUCGGCACCAGUUGCGUAGUUUAAAUAGGUAGACUUAAUCUGUAACAGUACAAGCAAAGAUAAAUAAAUAUUAAAGACUUAGGAGUCGGGUGCCACAUCAAUCACUAAGUAACUAGAUAUUGUAGAUGGUGCCACUUGCAAAACGUUCAGGCAUAAAAGUUAAAACUCAUCUACCGUAAUUUCUCAGUGAAUAGAUGGCGUUGCGCAAAGUGGGUCCAUCUGCCAUCUUUAGCAUCCGAUUUUAUAUUGAGAUUAUCAGUCUUUUUUAUUUAUUUUGCCUCUGAUAAUAGGUAAUUUGAUAUUUACACCAAAAGGGCUUUGAAGUGGGCGCUUACGCCCUUGUCAUGUUUGCACCAAUAAGAUACAACGCUAUUCUGGCAUAAGCUUUUGCUUUCUUCGCGCGUGAUCAUAUUUGGCGACUUUAGCAACACGACAGUUCAUAGCGGUAGUAACGGGACUGGAUAGUGUUUAAUCGCCCAAUGAAAACACGCAAAGUCCCUUUUAUUGUAAAUUGUAAGUACGUGGAACUCGAGGAAUUGCUUAGAGCUCGGACGCUGUUUUUUUGCUGACAACGAUCACUAGCGUUAUUAUAUUUAUUUACGUAGUGGUUUUAUUAACGCUUCCUAGACGCAACUUUAUGUGGCCACUUCUGUUAAUGAUAUCUUUAAGAGUCCUAAUACAUAUGCAACAUAUCGUAGGAGCGGGUAGAUCGAGCCGAACGCUGGAAGGCGCGCUUCGGAAAGUAACGACGUUGACUAUUCUUAUAGUGUCAUGACAAUUUGUAAAGACGGUUUUGCAAAUGUUGACUUUUUAGCCAAAAUAUAGAUAAUGAAUGACGAACCAAUACGCAGUAGCUUACUUGUAGAACGCAGCCUAGGUCUCAUUUUGGCGACGAACACCAAUAGAUACCUACUUUGUACUCGUAAGAUAUUUAUACAAUUGGUCUUAGCAGAGUGAAUAUCUGUCAAUUUAACUAAAAGAGUAUAAAUAUUGCGUUUUAAUUCCCAGAGCAUUUAACUGUUGUUUCAACUGGCAUUAUUACUGCUUUUGUAAAUGAUUAUAAAUUUUAUAGAAGAGAUCUAUUUUUAUUGUGAAGUUGAGCUACCUUACUGUAGAAAAAAAAGAGGAGUUAUACAUAAUUAUUUUAAAUCCAAACUGUUAUUUUAAUACCCACAUAUUAUUCUACGUACGUAUAUUUACUGAUUUCUGGUACCUAACUAUUUUCACCAAAAGUGCUCAUCGCUGUCAAGAAAAUUAGAGAAAAAAUGCAUUAAAGAAUGAAGAAAACUG